GCCCUCCCCGCCCGGAUCGCGCGCUCGCCCGCCGCCUGCCCCGCCGACCCACCAUGUCCGGCGGCGCCGCCGAGAAGCAGAGCAGCACGCCGGGCUCCCUGUUCCUGUCGCCGCCGGCGCCGGGCUCCAAGAAUGGCUCCAGCUCCGACUCCUCCGUGGGAGGGAAGCUGGGGGCCGCGGCGUCCGACGCCGUCCCCGGCCGGACCGAGGAGUACCGGCGCCGCCGCCACACCAUGGACAAGGACAGCCGCGGGGCGGCCGCCGCCACCACCACCACGGAGCACCGCUUCUUCCGCCGGAGCGUCAUCUGCGACUCCAACGCCACCGCGCUGGAGCUGCCGGGCCUCCCGCCGCAGGCCCCGCAGCCCGGCCCGGCGGGGAGCAAAGAGGAGCCUCCGCCGGCCAGGACCGGCAGCGGCAGCGGCGGCGGCGGCGCCAAGGAGCCGCAGGAGGAGCGCGGCCAGCAGCAGGAUGACAUCGAGGAGCUGGAGACCAAGGCCGUGGGGAUGUCCAACGACGGCCGCUUCCUCAAGUUCGACAUCGAAAUCGGCAGAGGCUCCUUUAAGACGGUCUACAAAGGGCUGGACACCGAAACCACGGUGGAAGUCGCCUGGUGUGAGCUGCAGGAUCGAAAGUUAACAAAGUCUGAAAGGCAGAGAUUUAAAGAAGAGGCUGAAAUGUUAAAGGGUCUUCAGCAUCCCAAUAUUGUUCGAUUUUAUGAUUCCUGGGAAUCCACAGUGAAAGGAAAGAAAUGCAUCGUUUUGGUGACUGAACUUAUGACAUCUGGAACACUUAAAACGUACCUGAAAAGGUUUAAAGUGAUGAAGAUCAAAGUUCUAAGAAGCUGGUGCCGGCAGAUCCUUAAAGGACUUCAGUUUCUUCACACUCGAACUCCACCUAUUAUUCACCGGGAUCUUAAAUGUGACAACAUCUUUAUUACUGGCCCUACAGGCUCAGUCAAGAUUGGAGACCUUGGUCUGGCAACCCUGAAGCGGGCUUCUUUUGCCAAGAGCGUGAUAGGUACCCCAGAGUUCAUGGCCCCUGAGAUGUAUGAAGAGAAAUAUGAUGAAUCUGUUGAUGUUUAUGCUUUUGGGAUGUGCAUGCUCGAGAUGGCUACAUCUGAAUAUCCAUACUCGGAGUGCCAAAAUGCUGCACAGAUCUACCGUCGAGUGACCAGUGGAGUGAAGCCAGCUAGUUUUGACAAAGUAGCAAUUCCUGAAGUGAAGGAAAUUAUAGAAGGAUGCAUAAGACAAAACAAAGAUGAACGAUACUCCAUCAAAGACCUUUUGAACCAUGCCUUCUUCCAGGAAGAAACAGGAGUACGAGUAGAAUUAGCAGAAGAAGAUGAUGGAGAAAAGAUAGCUAUUAAGUUGUGGCUGCGCAUUGAAGAUAUUAAGAAAUUAAAGGGAAAAUACAAAGACAAUGAAGCUAUUGAGUUUUCCUUUGACUUGGAGAGAGAUGUGCCAGAAGAUGUGGCUCAGGAAAUGGUAGAAUCUGGGUAUGUUUGUGAAGGUGAUCAUAAGACUAUGGCUAAAGCUAUCAAAGACAGGGUGUCGUUAAUUAAGAGAAAACGAGAACAGCGCCAGUUGGUACGAGAGGAGCAAGAAAAAAGAAAACAGGAAGAGAGCAGUCUUAGACAGCAGGUUGAACAACAGUCAAGUGCUUCCCAUACAGGAAUCAAACAACUCCCUUCUGCUAGCACUGGUAUACCUACUGCUCCCACCACGUCAGCUUCAGUUUCUACACAAGUAGAACCAGAAGAACCUGAGGCAGAUCAGCAUCAACAACUACAGUUCCAGCAACCAAGUAUAUCUGUGUUAUCCGAUGGGACAGUUGACAGUGGUCAAGGAUCAUCUGUGUUCACAGAAUCUAGAGUGAGCAGCCAACAGACAGUCUCAUAUGGUUCCCAACAUGAACAGGCACAUUCUGCUGGUACAGUCCCAGGGCACACAGCUGCUACUGUCCAAGCACAAUCUCAGCCCCAUGGCAUAUAUCCACCUUCAUGUAUGCCUCAGUCCAUGGCGCAUCCGUGUGGGGGGACCCCAACAUACCCAGAAUCACAGAUAUUUUUCCCAACUAUUCAUGAGCGUCCAGUUUCUUUUUCACCACCUCCCACCUGUCCACCGAAAGUAGCCAUUUCCCAGCGGCGUAAGAGCACCUCCUUCCUGGAAGCCCAAACUCGCCAUUUUCAACCCCUGCUGAGGACUCUUGGCCAAAAUCUUCUUCCACCUGGUGGCAGCCCAACUAACUGGACACCAGAGGCUGUAGUUAUGUUGGGUACUACAGCCAGUAGAGUAACUGGAGAGCUAUGUGAUAUACAGGUCCAUCCUACUAUGUCUGAGCCAACUCAAGUUUACAGUGACUAUAGACCUGGACUAGUACUUCCAGAAGAAGCUCGCUAUUUUAUUCCUCAGGAAGCAGUGUAUCUAGCUGGGGUACAUUACCAGGCCCAGGUGGCAGAACAGUAUGAGGGCAUUUCGUACAACUCACCAGUACUGUCAAAUCAUAUGAAACAGAUACCUGAACAGAAGCCAGUUCAAGGGGGCCCUACUUCAAGUUCUGUCUUUGAAUUUCCAUCUGGACAGGCUUUCCUGGUAGGACACCUUCAUAAUUUAAGAUUAGAUUCUGGAUUAAGUCCAGGAUCUCCCCUCUCUAGUAUUCCUCCACCUCUCAGUACAGAUGCUACAUGUUUGAAAUUUCACCCUGUCUUUGUUCCUCAUUCUGCACCUGCUGUGUUAACUCACAGCAAUGAGAGCAGAAGCAACUGUGUAUUUGAAUUUCACGCUCAGACACCGAGCUCCUCUUCAGGAGAAGGAGUUGGAAUUUUACCUCAACGUGCUUACCGAAGUCAACAAGUUGCAGUGGACGCAAAUCAGGAUGAAACGCCUCCUCAGUCAGUUGGAUUACAUGGCCACCUGCAGCCUGUGACUGAAGAACAGCGUAAUUACCAUGCCCCAGAACUCACCAUUUCUGUGGUAGAGCCUGUCGGACAGAACUGGCCAAUAGGAAGCCCAGAAUAUUCCAGUGAUUCCUCACAAAUCACUUCAUCAGAUCCCAGUGAUUUUCAGUCACCUCCCCCUACAGGGGGAACAACUGCACCUUUUGGCUCUGACUUCUCAUUACCCUUUAUCCAUCUGCCUCAGACAGUAUUACAAGAAUCCCCACUUUUCUUCUGUUUCCCCCAAGGGACCACAUCUCAGCAGGUCUUAUCUGCCUCAUUUUCUUCAGGAGGAUCUACACUCCAUCCACAGGCACAGGGGCAGAGCCAGGGCCAGCCAUCCUCAAGUAGCUUAGCAGGGGUUCCACCUUCCCAAUCCAUCCAACAUCCUCAGCAGCAGCAGGGAAUACAGCAGACAGCCCUUCCUCAACAGACAGUACAGUAUUCACUUACACAGACAGCAACCUCCAGUGAGGCCACUACUGCACAGCCAGUGAGUCAUCCUCAAGCUCCACAGGUCUUGCCUCAAGCAUCAGCAGGAAAACAGGGCUUCCCUCCUCGACUGCCACCACAAUACCCAGGAGAUUCAAAUAUUGCUCCCUCUUCCAACAUGGCUUCUGUUUGCGUCCAUUCUACAGUUCUGUCCCCUCCUAUGCCAACAGAAGCAUUGGCUACACCAGGUUACUUUCCUACAGUGGUGCAGCCUUAUGUGGAAUCAAAUGUUUUGGUUCCUGUGGGCGGUGUAGGAGGACAGGUUCAAGUGUCCCAACCAGCAGUGAGUUUAGCACAACCCCCUACUACAUCCUCCCAGCAAGCAGUUCUAGAGAGUACUCAGGGAGUCUCUCAGGUUGCUCCCCCCGAGCCACUUCCAGUAGCACAGCCACAACCUACCCAGCCUGUCACUUUGGUUUCUUCUAUAGACAGUGCACAUUCAGAUGUUGCUUCAGGUAUGAGUGAUGGCAACGAGAAUGCCCCAUCGUCCAGUGGAAGGCAUGAAGGGAGAACAGCCAAACGCCAUUAUCGAAAAUCUGUAAGAAGUCGCUCUCGUCACGAAAAGACUUCACGUCCAAAACUAAGAAUUUUAAAUGUUUCAAAUAAAGGAGACCGGGUAGUAGAAUGUCAGUUAGAGACUCACAAUCGGAAAAUGGUUACAUUCAAGUUUGACCUAGAUGGUGACAACCCUGAGGAGAUAGCAACAAUUAUGGUGAACAACGACUUUAUUCUAGCAAUAGAGAGAGAGUCAUUUGUGGAUCAAGUACGGGAAAUUAUUGAAAAAGCUGAUGAAAUGCUCAGUGAAGAUGUCAGUGUGGAACCAGAGGGUGACCAGGGACUGGAGAGUCUACAGGGAAAGGACGACUAUGGCUUUUCAGGUUCUCAGAAAUUGGAAGGAGAGUUCAAACAACCAAUUCCUGCAUCUUCCAUGCCACAGCAAAUAGGUGUUCCUGCUAGUUCUUUAACUCAAGUUGUUCAUUCAGCUGGAAGGAGAUUUAUAGUAAGUCCUGUACCAGAAAGUCGAUUACGAGAGUCAAAAGUUUUCACCAGUGAAAUAUCAGAUACAGUUGCUGCCUCUGCUUCUCAGGGCCCUGGAAUGAACUUAUCUCACUCUGCCUCAUCCCUCAGUCUCCAGCAGGCAUUUUCUGAACUUAGACGUGCUCAAAUGACUGAAGGACCCAGUACAGCACCUCCAAACUUUAGUCAAACAGGACCAACAUUUCCUCCCUUUUUUGGUGGUGCUGCUGUAGGACCUCCAACCACUGCAGCACCCACACCUUCACUGUCAGUCCCUAUAACAAGCAGCCCUCUUAAUGACAUUUCCACAUCAGUAAUACAGCCUGAGGUUAUAGUACCCACUGAAAAGGGGAUUGCUGGAGUUGUCACCAGCACAAGUGCGGUAACUUCAAGUGGUCCUCCUGAACCCCCUGUGUCUGAGUCACCAAUAUUUUCUGGUGUGGUAUCAAACAUCACUGUACCUGCAGUUGUCUCAGUGCCUACCACAUCCCAGCCAGUUCAGGCCUCCACAUCUGGGAGCAUUGUUCCUAGUACAGUCACUUUUCCUUCUAUAACAGUUUCAACGACUUCAACCUCUGCCUUAGGCGGUACAGCUGCCUCAGGCCCCAAGCCUCCAACUGUGUUAUCUCAGCAGGCAGCAGGUAGUACUACUGGGGCAGGCUCAGUAACAUCAGUUUCUGUUACCACUCCACUCACAAGCAUAGUUUCACAGCCAUCUCUUCAGCUUAGCAGCAGCACCUCUACUACUACUCUAGCUGAAGCAGUGGUGGUUAGUGCACACUCACUAGACAAAACACCUGAUAGCAGUACAGCUGGGUUGGCUUUGUCCUUCUCUGCACCAUCUUCUUCCUCCCCUGGAACAGGAGUGGCUAGUUCUAUCCCUCAACCUGGUGGGCUGCAUCCUUUGGCCAUCCCAUCAGUUGUGGCUUCUACUCUUGUCCUUCCCCAGGCAGCAGUACCUACGUCUACACCUUUAUUACCUCAAGUACCAAGUAUCCCACCCUUGGUACAGCCUGUUUCCAGUGUGCCUGCUGUGCAGCAGACACUCAUUCAUAGUCAGCCACAGCCAGCCUUGCUUCUCAACCAGCCCCAUUCCCACUGUCCAGAAAUAGAUACUGAUACCCAACCCAAAGCUCCUGGGAUUGAUGACAUAAAAACUCUGGAGGAAAAGCUGCGGUCUCUCUUUAGUGAACACAGCUCAUCUGGAACUCAGCAUGCUCCUGUCUCACUAGAAACAUCGCUAGUAGUAGAGACCACUGUCACACCAGGCAUCCCAACCACUGCUGUCGCACCAAGCAAACUCAUGACUUCCACUACAAGUACUUGCUUACCACCAACCAGUUUGCCAUUAGGAACAACCGGUUUGUCAGUUAUGCCAGUGGUCACACCUGGGCAAGUUUCUGCUCCAGGGACCUAUGUUUCAGCCCCAGUCACCACAGCAUCAGGAGUGAAACCCGGAACUGCUCCCUCAAAGCCAUCUUUAACUAAGGCUCCGGUGCUGUCAGUGGGUACUGAACUUUCUGCUGGUACUCUACCCAGUGAGCACCUGCCACUUUCUCCUGGACCUUCACUAACUCAGUCUCAGCAACCUCUAGAAGAUCUUGAUGCACAGUUGAAACGAACACUUAGUCCAGAGACUAUUACAGUGACCUCUGCAAGUGGUCCUGUGUCCGUGGUGGCUCCAACAGCAGCUACAGAAGCAGGAGCACAGCUUCAAAAGGAUGUUUCUCAAGGCACAGAAGUAACUAGUUCAGCAGCUGGUGUUUUAAAAAUGGGACGAUUUCAGGUUUCCAUUGCGAAGGAUGAUGCCCAGAAAGAAAGUAAAAAUAAGUCAGAAGAUGCAAAGUCUGUUCAUUUUGAGUCUAGCUCAUCAGAGUCCUCAGUACUGUCAAGUAGUAGUCCAGAGAGUACCCUGGUGAAACCAGAGCCGAAUGGGAUAACACUCCCUGGUAUCUCUUCAGACGUGCCAGAUAGUGCCCACAAAACUCCUGCCUCAGAAGCCAAGUCAGAAACUGGGCAUCCUACCGUGGUUGGACGUUUUCAGGUGACAGCUGCAGCAAACAAAGUGGGACGUUUCUCCGUAUCAAGAACUGAAGAAAAGAUCGCUGAGGCAAAGAAAGAGGGGCCAGAGACAUCUCCUUUUAGAGAUUCAGAACAAGCUGUUCUUCCUGUUGUGAUACCAAAGAAAGAAAAGCCUGAACCCUCAGAGCCUUCGCAUCUAAACGGACCAUCUUCUGACCUGGAGGCCGCCUUCCUAGGGAGGGAUGUGGAUGAUGGUUCAGGCAGUCCACACUCGCCCCAUCAGCUGUGCUCAAAAAGCCUUCCCCUCCAGACUCUGAGUCAGAGCCUUAGCAAUUCAUUCAACUCCUCAUACAUGAGCAGUGACAAUGAGUCAGACAUUGAAGAUGAAGACCUCAAGUUAGAGCUGCGACGGCUACGAGAAAAACAUCUUAAAGAGAUUCAGGAUCUUCAGAGUCGCCAGAAGCAUGAAAUUGAAUCUUUGUAUACGAAACUGGGCAAGGUUCCCCCUGCUGUCAUUAUUCCCCCAGCUGCUCCCCUUUCAGGGAGAAGGCGACGACCCGCGAAGAGCAAAAGCAGCAAAUCUAGUCGUAGCAGUUCAUUGGGGAACAAAAGCCCACAGCUUUCAGGUAACCUGUCUGGUCAGAGUACAGCUUCGGUCUUGCACCCCCAGCAGACCCUCCACCCUCCUGGCAACAUCCCAGAUGCUGGGCAGAAUCAGCUGUUGCAGCCUCUUAAGCCAUCUCCCUCCAGUGACAACCUCUACUCAGCCUUCACCAGUGAUGGUGCCAUUUCAGUACCAAGCCUUUCAGCUCCAGGUCAAGGGACCAGCAGCACAAACACUGUUGGGGGAACAGUGAACAGCCAAGCUGCCCAAGCUCAGCCUCCUGCCAUAACGUCCAGCAGGAAGGGCACGUUCACAGAUGACCUGCACAAACUGGUGGACAACUGGGCCCGAGACGCCAUGAAUCUGUCAGGAAGGAGAGGAAGCAAAGGGCACAUGAAUUACGAGGGCCCUGGAAUGGCAAGGAAGUUCUCUGCACCUGGGCAGCUGUGCAUCUCCAUGACCUCGAACCUGGGUGGCUCUGCCCCCAUCUCCGCAGCAUCAGCUACCUCUCUAGGUCACUUCACCAAAUCCAUGUGCCCCCCACAGCAGUACGGUUUUCCAGCUACCACAUUUGGCCCUCAGUGGAGUGGGACAGGUGGCCCAGCACCACAGCCACUUGGUCAGUUCCAGCCUGUGGGAACUGCUUCCUUGCAGAAUUUCAACAUCAGCAGUUUGCAGAAAUCCAUCAGCAACCCACCGGGUUCCAACCUGCGGACCACUUAGACCUAGAGAUGUUAACUGAGUAGAUCUGGGAGCCAGAGAAUGGAAUGCCGAGGGCUGAGGGGAUGGAGAAGUAACCUAUAUACUAACUACUAGUGCUGCAUUUAACUGGUUAUUUCUUGCCAGAAGGGAAUGUUUUUAAUACCACCUUGAACCCUCAGAAUAGAGAAUCUCCCUGCCCGUCCACUUACUGGAGUGGGACAAGGAGAGAGCAACUUUCUUGUGGAGGGGCAACUUCAAACUACGCUUUCCUGUUUAUCUUUACCCACCGCUGAGGCCUAGGGAUAAAAGAAUAUCUUGUUAUCAGGAAGCUGUAGGCGAGCUCAGUGUAAAACCAAACCUCGUCUGAUAUAUUUACAAGGUGAUAGAGUUCUUAAUGGUGGUACAUGACCCAAAUCCCUUACUCCCUCAAAACUUCAGACGGUGAGAUGAAAAAAUGGGGUUCUCUCCUGCUCUGUCCUCCAUCCUCAGUUUUACCUCCCUCUCCUUUAGAAACCCAGUGGAAAAUACCAGGGGACUGGGAUUGCAACCCUUUCUUAUGAUAGGUCAUUAGUGCUUUAUGCAGAAGAUAUUAGCAGCUUUGACUGCAGCAUUAGCAAUUAGGGAAAAAAAAAUUACGUUCCCUGCGGACAUGUAACUUUGCCAUCAGUUUUGAUGUGGAAACACUGUGAUAUAUAAUGUUGUUGGACAACAGUAGUUUUAAGAGUAAAAUAUGAAAGGUUUAAAAAGUUCACACACAAAAAAGCUAGCUCUCUCCUUUACUAUUGAGACACUUUAACUUUUUCCUUUGUACUUCCAUUGUAUUAGAUAAAUAAAUGUGAAUGUAAAAUUGUAUAAUUACUGUACUUGAAUACUUCUGUUCUCCCAGUAUUGCUUGCUGGAUAUUUUAGUGCCUUGGACUUAUAUUGCUUCUGCCAUUAGCAUUGCUUACCAGACUCCAGAUCAGCAAAGGCACGUGGAAAGAAAUCUUAGGUCCAUGUGACCCCACAGUGGAUAUGCCAAAGGCAAAUUGAAAGAGUUUUGUUUUGUUUUUUUUUAAGUCAUUCAACAAUUUUGUCUAGAGCAGGUGUAAAAUGCGUAAGGUGAGAAGCUGAGUUGGCAUCCGUGGUUGAAAGCAGAAGGUUCUGUUUCAGGACUAGUGAGGUGGGGUGUUCUAACAAAAUUGGACAAUUUAAAAGGUGGAAGUGUUAGCUGAGUGAACAAAAAAGAAGGUCUAAAGAAUGGGGGAACAGAUUUGUUCUGAAGGUACGUGAUGCUUGGCCAACGACCGUCAUAAGUCUUACUGAUUUGAGCUGGGCUUGAACAGAUGAGACCAAGAAGAAAUGAAACGUAGAGAGAAGAGGGUGGAGGCUAGCUUUGGAAGUUGGGCGGUGUGAUAGUGAAGAGUCACAGAGGGAGAGAGUUGCUCUGAAAACCUGUUUGGAUUACUUUCCUCUGGUUGCACGUGCACCAUGCAUUUCUCAGCUUGGGGUGCUAUAUUCUGCGCAAAGUGGACGCUCUUCUGAAUAGUCAGCACUAUAGGAAAGGUUUCUUCUACCCGUGUCCUCUGUGAUAUCCCAAGUGGUUGCAGGUUCAUAAUCUAUGUGCCACCCCUAUUUCCAGGUUUAUAGUAAUGUUCUCGUGUUUUCACAUGCACCCUCCCCUUAAAUAACUGCAACCAACCAGUAUUAUUUAGCGCUGUGCCUAGUGUUCCAGGCAGUUGUAGAACUUGCAGAGCUUUCCGGAUAUACUGUCCUAAUUGGCUAUGUUUGGGAUCUCAUUCUCAGAAGACAGAGAAAGAAGCUAGAACUCUUAAAUUCUUGAGUGCUUCUUCUUAACUCUUACUUGGGAAACUGUAUUUCCAGCUUUACCCACCUCAGUGGCACACUGCAGGCGUCACCGUGACAGAGCGAGCCGGUGGCUACCUGAAUCCUGUUCGUUCCUUUAUAGGCCAUUCUAUUAGGUUGGCCCAGGCCCCAGAGACACAGUGAGUGCUGGAGGUUGUCGGGAGGUAGAAAUGGAAAGGACAGGGGUUUUGCGCCCUGCUUCAGAAGUACUGACUGACUGAUUCUGUGCUUACCAUUCUUGUGGCAAGGAUAAGAGUAAGGCUAGGACCAAGAUGGCGCCGUGUAAAUGAGAAAAGAUCCCCUGCGGUGAGCGAAACAGUACUUUCUACCAGAGCAAUGAGGGAGCCAAAUGCACCGUGUUACUGUUCUGUUAUUUUGGUUUAGUCAUUUUGAGGUCUUCUCAUUCAUACACAAAAAUAAGACCUGGUUUUGUUUACUGUUGAUUUCCCCCCCCUCCUGUGGAUGAAACAACUGAAGCCUAGAGGAACGAACUAGUGCUACUGAACUGUUUAAAUUAUUUUUGUGUUAAUAGUACAUUUUGAGUAUCUUUUUCCACAUUUCAAAGAACUUUCUGAAUUAUAAAUGUUUUCCUUACAUUAUUUAACAAUGUACACUGUUUUAAAAAAUAAACCAGUCAAACCUUGGGGUGUCCCUGGGGUGUCCCGGCAGCCGUUAACUGUACAUUUUGCACUAACUCUGGGUGGUGCGCUUCUCGUGAGACUGCGCUCUGUGCUUCAGUUUCUUACCUUUGUAGACUUAUUUAAUGAAACAUUCAAAUAAACCAAACUUGCUUUUGUUGA